AUGGCCCCUAUAUCAUCGGAUACGCUUUCAAAGCUCAAGUCCACCUUCUCUGAUAUAGUUGUUCUCACUCCCGAGUCAUCCGAAUUUGAGGAGAGCUUGCACCGUUGGUUCAGACCAGCUGAGCGUAAUGCAGGUGCAAUCAUCUAUCCACAAUCUGUGCAUGAUGUAGCAGAUAUCCUGCGAUUUGCUGCAAACCAUGAGAUUGAUAUCGCGGUUUGUGGCAUUGGUCACAAUGGCAAAGGCAAUUCCGUCGAGGAUGGCCUCGUCAUCGAUCUUCGAAAAAUGAGUUCUGUGUCUGUCGAUCCCAUCAAGAAAACGAUUACUACCGAGGCUGCAGUCACAUGGAGUUCCGUCUAUGCUGAAGCAGAGAAGCAUAGCCUUGCUGCUGUGGGAGGGAUCACGCCGUCUGUUGGUGUCGGUGGCUUUACUCUAAAUGGUGGAUAUAGCUGGCUGAAUGGAGCACAUGGUAUGGGAUGUGACAAUUUGCUCGAAGUAGAAGUCGUGCUUGGUGAUGGUCGGAUCAUGAACUGCUCGGAACACGAGAACCAAGACAUGUUCUGGGCAUUGAGAGGCGCUGGGUCAUGUUUCGGCAUUGUAACGAAGUUCGUGCUUCGGGCUCAUGACCAGAAGAAUAUGGUCUGGGCUGGGACCUUGGCAUUUGAGAAGUCUCAACUUUCAGGAGUAGUGGAUAUGGCCAACACGAUCAUGAGUGAUGAGAACAAUGACGGAAAAGCAUCUCUAUGCAUGAUCUGGAAAGUCUUACCGGGUACCUCAGAGCUGGGAAUAUUCGCAAUUGUUUGGUACAAUGGUCCUGAGGAUGAAGCAAGGAAGUUCUUUGCACCACUUUUGGAGAUGAGAUCCAAGAUCAACACUGCGAAAAUGGUGCCUUUUUCUCAAUCUGGGGUCCAGGCUGGGUCCGCUAUAGGAAGACAUUGGCGGAAAACGUCGAUCGGAGCAAGCGUUAUGGCUCCUUUAGAUUUCAUUUGUCUUGAGACGAUUCUCAAUGAUAUGGAUGAUUUCAUGAAGAAGAUUCCAGACGCUGAGCAGUCAAUCAUAGGCUUCGAAUGGCACAAUCCCUCUGCAACUUUGAAAGUCGACCAGACGGGAACGGCAUAUGCGGAUCGUGGGAUGCAUGGCACUAUGUUUUCGGUAGCAACGUGGACGGAGGAAGAGAACGAUGAGCAUUGCAGAAACUGGUGUGAAAAGAUUGAUGCCUUCGCGAUGAAAGAAUUUCAGUUAAGACAGAGAGAAGGAGGCGUGGAUGAGACGACGCGGACAAGUACAGGAAGAUACCCGAAUUAUGAUUUUGACGGCUUGGAUCCGCGAGAGGUGUACGGCGUCAAUCAUGACAGGAUCUUCGCCCUAAAGAAGAAAUACGAUCCUGGAAAUUGGUUCGCAGUACAAAUAGAAGUGACAUCCAGACAACAAGAUAAAGCGACUGAAGGAACAAUCCAUAGAUCUUCAAGGAUUCGUACUUUCCCGAAAAUAGCGAAGGAGGAAGUGGAGCUCCAACUGAGACUCCAACCUUUCAAUUCGUAUUUCCUUUGUUCUCUCCAUCAUCACGAUCACGACAAAUCCUCAAGUUGCUCACGACGCACACAGAGACGGCAUUGCACGCUUACAAUCCUUUGCGAGAAAUUCGACUUCGUACAAAUUCAUCCCAGCGAAACCGCAGCCCCUGAGUACCCAUACAAACGAGACAGCCAACGAAGACCCUUUCAUUGCGCCGCAACGCAGAUAUCUGCAGUACAAUACGAGAAGUCGGAGAAUAUCGUCGUCCCACAAUCGUCAAAACAUCAGAAUCAGGCGGUUGACGGACAGCAAUCGCGCCAAGAGUCUCAAUCUAGCCAACGGCUCGCGCCCGCAUUCCUCACGAUGCAACCUCACCACCUCCUCUUCUCACUCCUCCUCCUCACACCUACCAUGUUUGCGGAGGCGAUUCCUGAGCCAGAUUUCAGCCCUCAUGCUGAAGAGCUGGAGUCUGCAGAGCUGGAAGAGCGCCAAGUCGCUCAAGGUGGAGGUAUAGCAGCUACCACGCUCGCUGCAACACAAUAUCCUACCACUUCCGUAGCAGGAAGCUUGUUUACGGUAGAUGGCACAACGAGCGCCACGUGGAUCUUGAUGACGCAGACGUUUGCAACAACAGCACUUGGGUCCUGGGCAUUGGGUCCUACACCAGGAGUUGGGAGUAUCGGGCUGGGUUCGAUAGCAGGCACAGUCGGAAAGGUGAAGUCUAAGAGGGCGAUUGAGACGGCUGUACCGGUUUUGGAGAGGGACAGCAACAUAAUACCUGGAGAGAUGGAGAUACGCGAGGGUUAGAUACGAUGCUGGGUGGUGGAAGUUAGCAGCAGCUCGAUACGUCUUGGCACUUCAGCGAGCAUGAUACAUCGACAACAUUAUAUUUUGAAACCGGCGUAGGAUCGAUAGAC